UAACCUGCUUCUUUGUGAGCAGUUCAUGUCUACACCGCAGCUGAGAGCAAGUCUCCCAGCCCAGGUAAAGAGACUCAGGCUACUUCAAGCAGAGUUAGCAUGCUAAAAAUCACUGUAGAUGUUGUGACUUGGGCUAGCUGGGCAGGCUUGGGCUAGGGCAGCUAGCCCAUGCUGUAAUGUUCACACUGCUGUUUUUAUGUGCUCUGCUUGAACUAGGGUGAGCUGUCUACCUGGCCUGGGACCCACAGAGCCUUAGCUGUUCUCUGCACACACUUUCCACUCCCACAGAAACAUUGGCAUAGGCUUGCCUUACGCUCCCUGUAACAAGCCACUUGCCAUUCUAGUGACGCUGUAGUCUGAGAGGAAGAUAUGGAGUCGGAGCUGCUAGGGGAGAUGCCUGUGUGCUCCCCGGCAGAGCCAGUGCACGGGCAGUUCCUGACUCUGCUGGACACUGUGGGCAGGCGGAACGGCCAGGUGCUAGUGAUGGAGAUGGACGAUGUACAUGAGGCAGCCCCGCUUGUGCAGAUGGACUUUGCCCAGGCGCUCUUCAGAGGGAUUGACCUAGAGGCCAAACUCCACCGGAAGGAGGAAAUCAAGGAGGAAGAGCAGGAGAUGCAACCACAGCUGGUCUUCAUGCUCUGGCAAUCGGCCACGCUGAGGCAGCUCAUGCAGUGGGAACACCUGGAUGAAACACUCUGGAACUUAAGGAAUCUUUUUCCCUGCAUGCCAGCUGCUCUGGUACUGGUGAUGAUCCAGCCAGACCUGCAGCACCAGCAGGUGGAAUCAGAACGGGCGGCAGGGGCGCUAAGGAGAAUGCAGUGCUUGCUAGAUGGUGGCUUCCAGGAACUGGUGGUGGAAGCAGCUGUUUAUAGCCCAGGCCAGCCAGACGGGACCCUGGAGGUCAAGAGAGCUGCCUGCAGAGCCCUGAGAGAAGUUCUGAAGGGCCAAGAAGAAAUGACUCCCCAGGAUCCAGUUACCAUCCGACUCAGCUUGGGUGUGUGCAACACAGGAUAUGAAAGACGGUAUGAGGACAGGCUCCCUUAGGCCGCAUUGCAAUGUGCCUGGAAGCUCCUGUAUCCAGCUAAGAUCUGAACUGCCACCAAAAUAAAAAACCAAAAACAAAAAAACUACACAACAAAAAAACCCCACACAUUAAAAUUUGGAGUUUAUUCUCUGUUUGCAUGCCUGUGUGUAUGUAUAAACUUCAAACCAUUUAUCACUUACAGCAGGGCAGACAAAAUGUCCUGGGACAGUUUUCAUGUGAGGAAUUAUGUAAUGACAGUGGACUCUUCUUUAUAUUUACAGCUGCUUAAAUAUUUAUUUUAAACCCUUAACAUCAAACAUUAAAUAUUUUUUAAAA